AUGGUCCUACUGCUGGCCCUGCUCCCAGGGAUCUCCACCUUGCCCAGCGGGCCACCUGCGCCCCCCUUUCCAGUGGCGCCCGGGUUGUGGCUGCGUCGACCCCUUUUCAGUCUAGAGCUGUCAGACGCACAGGACGCGUUCCACCGCCGCGCAGGGCCGCUCAAGGUCCCAGCGGACAGCCGCGUGUUCGUGCAGGCGGCCCUGGCCCGGUCCUCCCCGCGCUGGAGCCUGGCCCUGCACCGCUGCUGGGUGACGCCCUCCUCACGUCCGGCCCCAGGACCCGCCCUGGCGCUACUGCGAGGGGGCUGCCCCGCUGAUUCCUCGGUCACCUUCCCGCCACCACGCCCUGGGGCUGCCCGCUUCAGCUUCCGUCUGCGCCCGGUCUUCAAUGCCUCUGUGCAGUUCUUGCACUGCCAGCUGAGCCGCUGCCGCCUCCGGGGAACCCACCGGACUCCUGAACCUCUGACGCUGCCGCCCCAGUCGCCGUGUCUGCCUCAGGAAGAGGCGUGCGCCAGCAGUGGCAGCGGCGAGAGUCUGGGUGCCAACGGCCCCCACCUGCACACACUGACGCAGCCCAUCGUGGUCACGGUGCCACGGCCGCCCCUCAGGCCACCUAAGGGCGUCCCCGGCAUAGCCGUACGCCCUGAGCCUCCUGCGCCAGCCCCGGUGGCCCUGGAGCCCGCACCGUUGGUGGCGCUGGUGGUGGCCGCCUUCUUGUUGGGCGCCGCGCUGGUCGCCGGGCUCGGCCUCGUGUGCGCGCAUUCAGCAGCCCCCAGGGAGCGCCCCUGCACCGGGCCAGCGUUCAGCAACCCCUACUGCUCCGGAGCCUGCCUCUCACUUCCAGCGCCCCCACCUCCCAGCCCACCCCCGAGAGCCUCGCCUAGCGAUCCGCAGCCCAGAAGAACCCAGUGAGGCAGGGUGGCCUGGGUCGCCCCUUCAAGGGAUGGCGCGCCCCCAGCAGAGUCCAGGGACGCACCCGCCAGACUUAUGUCGGAGCAGACUCACUAGUCUGGACCGCAGCCUUCGACCUCGGACCCCACGGGACCACGAUCCCUGCACCCCGCCCCCUCACUCCUCCCACCUGGACUCAAAAUAAACAUCUGGUCUGACAUGCA